AUGUAUACUCAAAACGAAUACGAGGAACUUUUGAGAGCUUAUCGACUCAUUGGAAGAACAGUAUUUCCCACAAAAGGGAAACGCGUAGAGAUGAGAUUUGAAACAUUUUAUGGAGCAUAUGUUAAAAGGCGCGAAGAAAUAAAAAUUUUACAACAAAAUAAAGGAAUUAUUAAUUUGAACACUAAUAAUGUUUACGAUUUCAUUGAAUUUUCAGUUUGUUUAGAAAAACACACGAUGAAAAUCAGUAUAAAAUAUGAGAAUUUGAAAUUAUGUAUCCCCACAAAUACUGUCAUAUAUCAAAUAGAAGAAGAUGACAAUAAUUCCAUAACAAGUCUUAAGAGAUUAAGGAAACUUGAGAAAUAUUUCAAGGAAACUAGUUUGUUAAAAGCUUUUGAUAACGUAUUUGUUGAUGCAUCAUAA